AUGUAUAGAAAGGGGGCAAAAUUAUUAAUAAAAAAUAAGAAUCACUAUUUCUCUAUAUUUGGUGGUCCUUUGGCAUUCUAUACGGCAGUGUGGACAACUCUUGAUUUUACAUCACUACUAGUGUUUUUCUGUGUAGUGAAAUUCGUAAUCGGGACACCAUUAGUCACAACAUUUCUAAUUUACAAGUACAGAAGAAGGCACUUAGCAAUGGAUGAGAACAUUGAAGAAUUUUUGCAAGCUCAUAACAAUUUUUUGCCCAUAAGGUACUCUUACUCGAAUAUUAAGAAGAUUACCGGAAAUUUUAAGGACAAACUAGGUGAAGGGGGAUAUGGUUCUGUGUACAAAGGAACACUCAGAAGUGGCAAUGAAGUGGCUAUCAAGAUUUUGAAGCAGUUCAAGGCCCAUGGCCAAGAUUUUAUCAAUGAGAUGGCUACUAUUGGAAGAAUUCAUCAUGUUAAUGUAGUGCAACUCAUUGGUUUUUGCUUUGAAGGCUCAAAACAAGCUCUUGUGUAUGAUUUCAUGUCGAAUGGAUCUUUGGAUAAGCAUAUUUUCACUAAGGAAGAAGAGAAGUUCCUUGAUUACAAGAAAAUAUAUGAAAUCUCUCUUGGGGUGGCAAAGGGGAUUGAAUAUUUACAUCGAGGGUGUGACAUGCAAAUACUACACUUUGAUAUCAAACCUCACAACAUUCUUUUAGACAAGAACUUCACUCCGAAAGUUUCUGAUUUUGGACUCGCGAAACAAUAUCCGAUUGAUCAUAGCAUAGUCUCAGUAACUGCUGCAAAAGGAACCUUGGGAUAUAUGGCGCCUGAGUUUUUCUACAAAAGCAUUGGAGGUAUAUCUUAUAAAGCAGAUGUCUAUAGUUUUGGGAUGUUACUCAUGGAAAUGGCAGGUAGAAGAAAAAAUGUAAAUGCAAAUGUGGAACACUCAAGCCAAAUUUAUUUUCCGCUAUGGGUGUAUGACCAAGUCAAUGAAGGAAAAAAUGUUGAGAUGGAAAAAGUGGUAGAAGAGGAAAGGGGGGUGAUAAAAAAAAUGAUAAUAGUUGCACUAUGGUGUAUACAAUUAAUCCCUACCCAUCGACCUCCAAUGAACAAAGUUUUAGAAAUGCUUGAAGGAGAUAUUGGGAAUAUUCAAAUGCCUCCGAAACCGCUUCUUUACCCAUCAGAUGAGCCAAUUGAUGAUGACAAGGCCGAGAUGGAAUCAGAGACAUUUUCAAGUUCAUUACGUGCUCCGACAAUUUUCAGUAGUUUUCUACUUGGAGAUAACAAUGAUAUUUAGAGGACAAGGAACUGUUUAAUUGAAAAGCUUUGCUCCCCCAAUAUAGUAGUAUGUUGGGAGGAAGCUGAGGUAGUUUAGCUUGCGAUUGAUUACAUUUUGGUUUCUUCUUGCUCUUAGGUUACUAUAGUGCUAUUGUACUUCAUAUAUAUUUUACUCUCUUGCAUUCUCCUUCAAAAGGAUAAACAAAUUGGUGAGAGGAGGGACAAA